AUGGUCCGUCUAGACUGGUUAGCGGCGCUUCUGGCGACCGCAAGCCUUGCGCGGGCUGUUCCCAAUGCGCCCCCCAUCGUCCCCGGCGCCUACAUCGUCGAGUACCAGGAUGACCAGGAUUCCGCGGCGUUUGUGGAAGCUCUUCCCGGAGAUGCUUCUCUGCGGAAGGACCUUCGCUUCCAGCUCUUCAAGGGCGCAUCGAUCCAGUUCCCCGACGCCGAGACAGCCGAGGACAUGGCCGCGACAGUAGCUAAGAUGUCCAUUGUCAAGCGGGUGUAUCCCGUCAAGCGCUACGCGAUCCCGAAUUACACAGUCCACUCGACGGGUAACGCCGCUGUCAAUUCGGUGCUCUCGAAGCGGCAAGACGGCGCCAACGACACGUUCAGCCCGCAUCUUAUGACGCAGGUGAACAAGUUUAGGGAUGCGGGUAUUACUGGGACCGGCCUCAAGAUCGGUAUCGUCGACACAGGUACCGAUUACCUCCACCCUGCUCUCGGUGGAUGCUUUGGACCCGGCUGCCUUGUCUCGUAUGGCGCCGAUCUGGUGGGUGAUUCGUUCAACGGCAAGAACACGCCAAUGCCGGACUCGGAUCCCAUGGACAACUGCAACGGCCACGGCACGCACGUGGCGGGGAUUAUCGCGGCGCAGGCCGGUAAGAACCCCUACGGAAUCCUCGGCGCGGCCCAGGGCGUCACGCUGGGGUCGUUCCGCGUGUUUGGCUGCUCAGGCGACGUGAGCAACGACAUUUUGAUCGCCGCCUACAACAUGGCAUACGAGGCCGGGAGCGACAUCAUUACCGCGUCCAUCGGCGGGGCAUCUGGCUGGAGCGAAGACCCGUGGGCGACUGUCGUGUCGCGUAUUGUUGCCAAGGGGGUCCCGUGCGUCGUCUCGGCCGGCAAUGACGGGAGCGAUGGCAUAUUCUAUGCCUCGACGGCCGCGAACGGCAAGGCUGUCACGGCGAUUGCGUCCGUCGACAACACAGUCAGCCCUUCCCUGCUCUCUAACGCCACGUACACCGUGAACGGUGGGGCGCUCGCGUCCUUUGGCUUCACAGCUGGAGAUCCCGAUGCCUGGGCUAAUGUCAGCCUCCCGCUGUGGGCUGUCAGCUUCAACACGACUGACCCUGCCAACGGAUGCGACCCCUAUCCAGCCUCGACGCCCAAUCUCGCUGGCUACGUCGUGCUGGUUCGCCGAGGCACUUGCACGUUUGUGCAGAAAGCAAGCAAUGCUGCGGCCAAGGGCGCAAAGUACGUUAUUUACUACAAUAACAUCGGCGGCAGCAAUGGCGUGACGGCUCAGGUGGCUGGUAUCAAAGGCGUUGCCAUGGUCACCGCCAACACAGGUGCGACGUGGAUCAAAGCGCUCGCGGCUGGGUCCAAUAUCACGGUCAACAUGAUCGAUCCCGAGACGGGCCCAAUGUUCCUCACCAACUUCCCGAACACAGACACCCCGGGGUUCUUGAGCACCUACACCAGCUGGGGGCCGACGUUUGAAGUCGACGUCAAGCCGCAAUUUUCCACGCCCGGAGGCAUGAUCCUCUCGACAUACCCUAGAGCCCUGGGCUCGUACGGUGUGCUAUCUGGAACCUCCAUGGCCUGCCCUCUAGCGGCUGCCAUCUACGCGUUGAUCAUCAGCGUCCGUAAAACAAAGGACCCAAAGACGCUCGAGAACCUCAUUUCGGCCACGGCACAUCCGAACGUCUUCCAGGACGGCAGAAACUCGUAUCCCAUCCUGGCGCCAGUGCCUCAGCAGGGUGGUGGUCUGGUCCAAGCCUGGGAUGCGGCUCACGCAACUACGAUUUUGAGUGUUUCUAGCCUGUCCUUCAACGACACUGAUCAUUUCAAGGCUGUUCACUCGUUUGACAUACAAAACACGGGAAAGACUGACGUUAGCUUCUCGCUCGGCCAUAUCGGCGCGGCUACCGCCUACACGUUCGCCACAACCGCUGACAUUACACCUGAUACGUUCCCCAACGAGCUGGACGACAGCAUCGCGACUCUCUCGUUUGGCUCUAGUGGCAGCGUUGCUGUUGCUGCGGGGCAGACCAAGACGGUCCAAGUCACGGUUGUGCCACCCGCAGGUCUCGAUGCCAAGCGCCUGCCAGUCUACUCGGGCUACAUCACCAUCAACGGAUCGGACGGGUCGGCAUUCUCCCUGCCAUAUCUCGGUGUCGCCGGCAGUAUGCACGGCGCCGUGGUGCUCGAUAAGUCUCAAACUCUUCUCAGCCAUUCAUUUGACAGCAAGAGUGCACCCGUGGCGGCGAACUUGACCUUUACGCUACCACCCCCGGGUUACGCCAACGACACGGCCUACAGGAACAAGACGGACCAGCCUAAACUAGUCGUCACACUGGCUAUGGGAAGUGCGCUCGUUCGGGCUGAUCUCGUGGCGAUCGGCAACGGCACGGUUACGAAUGCCACUACCAUUCUCGGCACCACAACGCUCGGCUCGGCCGACGAAUUCCCCUCGUAUUGGAACACGCGCGGCCCUUUUGAAUACACGUUUGAUGGCAAGUUGGCGGACGGCACCUUCGUCCCGCCCGGCUUGUACAAGUUUGCCGUCAAGGCGCUGAGGAUAUUCGGAAAUCCAGAGCUGGCCAGCGAGUACGAUGCCACAGAAUCAGUCCCGUUCAGGGUGCGAUACACAUCUCUCCCAAAACGGAGCUUGAUUCGGGGCAUGGCGUGA